AUGGACUUCCGCAUCCCACACAACUCGAUCACUGCCAGUGAUGGCAAGGCAGCGCCCUCGACGCCGAGGCGCGCGCACGCACAGCCAUCCGAGGAAAUCGUCGCACAGGCGCUCGUAUCGCCCGACCGAUCAAAGGCACGUGCAUGUGCAUCUUCGCUCGCAUCGCUUGGCGCAUGGCGAGAACUUUGCUUUCUCCACGAGGAGAUAAGCCGUGACAUCAGGUUGAGAGACAAUUACAACAAGAGACACUUGCGUACUCUCGUCGAGAUUGCGCUCGAGGAAGCAAAAGAAAUUGUCGAGAUCAUGCCUCGACUCCGCGACGCCCUCAUCCCGCGCGGGUAUGCACUCGACACGUCUCACUCGCUAGCACUGCAGUCGGCCUUCGUGGCAGCCUAUCGCGACGUCGGCGCACAGCUCGAGCCUCUCGCCCCCGACCAUGCGCUGGCUUACGUGCUGCUCAAACUGCCGCGAUUCCUCCAAUUGCCCUCAAGAGAUCCAGAGGUGCGCGAAACGAAUACGCAGCUCGCCAACCAGUUUGGCCGCGAUUACCACGGAGACGCACCAGAGCGCUUUCUUGACUUCGUCAUCGACCUCGACCGUUCCUACGACGCGCUUACCCAAGGCGACAAGCAACCAUACUAUCGCGGCACUCCCAUCGUGCAGUCCAGCGGUACUGGCAAGACGCGCAUGGUGCUACAGCUGCGCUCCUACGCGCCCCUCCUCUACGUCUGCAUCCGCGACCACUUCGCCGACAACAAUGCCAAAGCGGGCUAUCCAUUUCCCGAUGAAGGUGUUCGCGACUACUUCGACCCCGUGGCUGUGGACGACUCGUACAUGAUCCAAGUCACCUGCUUCCUCGCCGCCUGGUUUCAAGUGCUAGCAGAGGCGCUCGCCAGCCAGCAUGCUCAAACGAGCAACUCCUGCUCCGACAAGAUCGCCCAACUCAAAUUCGCUUAUCUUUGGAAGCUCAACGCGCUCGACGAGCCCAACGGCAUCAAUUCCGCGCGCAACGAUUUUUUCGAUCGAGUCUCCAAAGCCGCCAGUGCAGUUUUUGGCAUCGCACGCGUCGACCAUCGCACCAGACUCACGCGCAUCCGCCAUCUUCUGCGCGAGGAAGAAGAGAAGCAGCAACGCUCACAACAUGCACCCGGUCACAUCGCCAGCUCGUCGGCGUGGCGACUCGAGCGGGAGAAGCUGCUCAACGUGAUCAUGGAGGAGCAGCUUGCCGGUCCGCUUGCGGCGCUCAGCGAGCAGCUGCAGGAUGUAUUGCUGCAUCUCAGCCGUCUGCACCCGGGCCGACCCAAUCCGCCACCCGUGCUUGUCGCUUUCGACGAGUGCGUCCUCCUCGACCGCGACCGCGAAGGCGGCGAGACGCAGCUCGACUGCCUCCGUCGCGUGUGGAACUUCCUCGGCAAUUUACGCAACAACGACGGCGCCGGCUCGGCUCGUUUCUGGCUGGUCCUCAUGAGCACCAGCAGCAGCGCCGCCCAGCUCGUCGAGUACGUCGGCGCAGGCCCAUCGGCACGACGCAAGGAGUCGGCGCCCUUGCCUACCUUUGUCGGGCUCAACCUUGACGUGCUCGCCUCUCAGGACGCGAUCAACGUGACGUGCGCGGCGCAGGUGGCCGAGCUCCACCACAUGGUCAAAUAUGGCCGCCCGCUCUGGAAUUCCUUGGUGGGCUUUGACGACUUUUGGCACUCGGCCAGAAUGAAGCUGCUGGGCGGCGACGACUUCUUUGCGCCGCAAGAGGUGAUGCAGUGCUACAGCGUGCUCGCUUCGCGCCUCGCGCUCACUCUUCUGCCUGCUCAGUCGAGCGAUUUUGCGACGCUCAAUUUGCAGAAGACCAAUGCCCAGCGCGCGGUGGAUCGACAUAUGCGCAUCGUCGACGACAUCGGCCAGGAUGGCAGCAUGCGUGUCAUCUCGCCGUCGGAGCCCGUGCUGGCGAUCACCGCCGCGCUCAUCAUGCAGCCCAUGGAAGAGGUCGACACCGAAGUCGACGGUCCCCUCCGCGGGCAGGGGUCGACUAUGUACGCCCGCAUCCUCUCAGAGUUUCAUACCAGCUGCUUGCACAACAAGGCGCUGCCGCUCUUCAAGGGCGUGUACGGGGAGCUUGCAGCGCGGAUCAUUCUGCUCGCUGCGUGGGACGCGGCGAAGCGCGACCGCAUCGUCGGCGUCUGGAGGCAGGAUCGGCUCCGCUCGGCGUCGUCUGCGGAGCGCCUCAAACGGUACGCCGCGAUGCUUGGCGAACCGGAGCCGGUCGAGCGCUUCGUCGCUGGCUUGGCUGAUCCCAACGAGGUGGACACCGAGCGGCUCAGUCAGCGCGUACAGCAAGUCAAGGAGGCAGCGGGCAGCGCGGAAGCCUGGGUUCACUUCAGCCAUUUCGACGUGCUACCCGAGCCUAUCGCGCACAUCUCAACCGACUAUCUCUGGUUCUGCUGGAAGCGCGGCGUUGCGCUUCAGAUGGCGCACGUUCAACGCGGUAUCGACGGCAUCAUUCCCGUGUUUCUAGGCGACCUCAAACAGGCCUUUGACGACGAGAAAGAGGCGGCGAAGCAGAUGUCGUAUAUUGCAUGGGAGGCCAAGCACCGUCUUGAAGCCCAGCCUUCGUCCCACACCGCCUCCCCUGGCCAUCUCGCCGGUCCUCUCCUGAAACACACGAUCAAGAGUGGCCUGUCAGGUGGCGCGCUGACGAAGCGUGGCAUGCUGACGGUGCUGAUGGAUCUCAGCGCAACGACAACAUUCCUUAAGACGCAGACGCAGCGACCUAUCAUCGAGCCUUUGUCUGCGGAUUCGGUGCGCCUCAAUGUGCGUGGAGCACGCGACGCGACCUGCUUACCUUGCCUCGACAGGCUUGGCAUACGCGAUGUGCUAAAUCGACUGCUUGGUACGACGAUGCAGCAGGCACGAAACAGCCUCAACCAGGUGGGCAAUCCGAUCUGGAAUCACGAACAUCAUCCCGACCGUCACAAGGCAGCCCCAAGCGAGGAGCAGAUGCAAAUUGAUUAG